GAAUUGGUCUUGUUUUAUGAUUCUAUAGCAUAAGAUGAUAGCCUUGAAUGAUUUAAAUGGAAUAUCAACUAAGCUUCGAGGCUUUCAGACGUCAUGAAUUCAGCAUGGAGCCGUUGGAGAUUUUCCAUUUUAUCAGGUAUUAAAAAUACAUUUAGAUAAGGUCUCCCUCUCCUUGUAUGAACAAUGAGAAGAGUAAGGAUAGGCAGGCAUUUCUUGAUCAAAUGAAAGGUGCAAUUCUUGAAGUGCUUCUUGUUAGCGCCAAAGGCAUCGACCACGCCCAUAUUCUUGGACACCCUGGUUACCAUGUAAUUGUUGAAUGUGGCAGUCAAAUAUUCACAAGCAAGACUUCAUCAGGAAACCGGGACAAGAUCUACUGGAACGAGAAGCUUGUGUUCGAGCUGCCAGAAUCCGAGCUGGAAACGCUGAGCCAUCUGAAACUCAGGAUUGUGAAAGAGGAACAUUUGAGUGAUGAUGACUUUGUUGGUGAAACCAUAAUCUUCCUCAGAGGGAUUAUUGUGGAGGGGAACUACAGAGGGCUGACAGAAAUCCUCCCUGCCCCUUUCAACGUGGUGCUUGAAGACGACACUUACAAAGGGGAGAUGACCGUUGGAUUGAAGUUCACACCGAAUAUGGUUGUGAACGUGGAAGGGAAGCAAUGCGUGAAGAAGGGAAAUGAAGGAGGUGGAUCGAUAUGCUCUGUGAUCACAAGCAUUUGGAAACUCAAGUGGUGGAGGCUUUUCUCUUCUUAUAAGAAUAGGUAUCUCAUAAACAACCAUAAAGACAACUAGGAAGGCUAUAUAUGCUGCAAAUUUCAUUUAUUUCAACAUGUAUUGAUAUUGUUGGAAGAUAAGUAUGAUGAAAAAAAAAAAACAUCAAUUGUAAUUUUGGAUUCUUAACCGUGAUAUUGGGGAAUAAAUGUGACCAAUAUGUUGUGCUA